CCGACGCCCUCAAGCUGUUCUUCAUUCUGGCAGAUAGCCCGCUCUACUUCUCCUAUAUCACCGCUUUCUUGAACCAGAGGAGAGUGGGGAACGGCCGUGUAUCGCGAUAUGGGUUCCUCGUCAGUUGAAGAAUCGAAGGCGCACAAUCUGACGGUCCCUGUCCACCGACUUCCGCACGAGCUGCUCUCCAGGAUAUUCCAACGCACCCUUCAACGGAACGGCGACCGUGAUGUGAAAGGCUCAUUCCGGCUCACGGCUGUGUGCAGCCACUGGCGCGACGUCGCGCAGACCUCGCCUGCAUUCUGGACGACAAUCCGCCUCGACGACGACGUGCGGAUGCUCGAGCACUUCCUGCGCUGCUCCCGCAACGCACCGAUAAGCGUGUAUGCGAACGGGUCGCGCGACGCCAGCUGGGCACCGAAGGCGCGGCUGCUCCUGCCCCACACCGGGCGCAUCGCCGUACUCGACCUCCGUCUAUGGCCCGCCGUGCGCACCGAGGCGGCCUGGUACCACGUAUCCACCCUUCUCAGCCUCUCCAUGCCGGCACUCAGGUCAUUGCGCGUCGACGCGAACGACGUCGGGGUCUUCGCGCUGCCCCCGAUCGACCUCGGUCUCUUCCCGCAGCUGCAGUCGCUGACGCUGCACGAGACGGGCCCGCGUGGGACCCCCCGAUCGCGCGCAAUCACGGCGGGAACGCCUCCGACGAGCUCAUGCGCACCGUGGUGCCCCUCCGCGACAUGCGUUCUCUCAAACUCAAAGAGGACUCUCGCCGCCCGCUCGUGGUCAUCCGCAAGGUACAUCUCGAUCCCGACCACGGCCACAGUGGACGUCGACGCGGACCAUGCCUUCAUGCCCUACCCUCUCACUUGGAGCAGAGACGUUCGCGACCCCGGAGCGAUCAUGGUGAUGGGCUGGAUGCGGCGGUUGCAGCUCGCAUUUCUGGAGAGAGGUCUCACAGACGAGGAUGUGCUCGGAGCCGAUAAGCUUCUGACUAUCGUCGAGGACUACAAGGACAUGACCGCCGAACGUCUCGCUUUCUCGAAUAUUAUGAUGGUCGUCCGUCGCAUAUUUUCGUUGCCCGCGCACAAAGUGCACCGCAGUGGCGAGUUCAAGUUCAGGAAACGCGCCUAUGUUCUCUACCUGAAAUGGCAGGCAAUAGCAGGCUCAGGUCGAUGAAUGCUCUAAGCUCACCGGAUGGUUGUGUACGCACAUAUCACGACACUCGGUAGGAUGAUACCAUUAUAUCCCAUCUCGGCGGAAUUUCGAUCUAUAUCAUAGUAGUUCUCGACAUCGCAGUCAUACCUCAGCUACGGGCAAGACAGGUCGUCGAAUGCCCAUCUGACGUGUGAUAUGUGUAUGUGCGUACAGUUAAGAGGAGUGUAUGUUGUUCAUUAUUGUAGUAUGUGCACUGCUUCAAGUCUGUUUGCUCUGGCGUCCAU